AUGUCGGCCUUGCUGCUCCGUACUCGCGCAACCACUACUAUUCCGCGCUGGCUGGGCGGAUCAGAGAGCAGUCAGCGUGCAGGGUUCUGCUCCACAAACCCACGAUGCCUUCGACGCGACAAAAGUAGUGACUUUACAUUGCAGGGGAUGACCAUGUCCAUAAAGCGGCGAUACCAAUACGUACAGUAG